AGCGCCCCGGCCGGUUGUCAACAGUCGGAGUCAGUGUGCGUGCGGAGCCAUAUGGCUGAUCGUCUCACGGCACACACCGGAGCGUAGCUGCUGCAUCAGGCCGGGAUCUUCUCCUCCGCAGCCGCACGAACAAGCCCGCGGUGCCGCCAUGGCUCACCUGAGCAAAAACCCCGCCGACAAAGAGAGGUUUAUCUGCCUGUACCCAGUCUACAUCAACAGUAAGAAGACUCUGGCUGAAGGACGGAGGAUCCCGUCAGAGAAGGCGGUGGAGAAUCCGUCCUGCGCUGAGAUCAGAGACGUCCUGACCGCUGCCGGCAUGAACGUCUACGUGGAGAACAAGAUGCACCCCCGGGAGUGGAACCGGGACGUCCAGUUCAGAGGUCGCGUCAGAGUUCAGCUCAAACAGGAAGACGGCAGCCUCUGUCAGGAGAAGUUCACGUCCCGUAAGGAGGUGAUGGUUUACGUGGCCGAGAUGAUCCCCAAGCUGAAGACUCGGACGCAGAAGAGCGGAGGAGGAGACACGAGCUCGCAGCAGGGGGAGGGAGGGAAGAAGAGCAAGAAGAAGAAGAAAUAAUGAAGCUGAGCGCACGCCGCCUUUUCUUCCUCCCAGCCUUCAUCAUCAUCAUCAUCAUCAUCAGCUGAUUGUUCAGGCCGACCUGAGCGAGAGCGAAACCCUCGUAACUCCACUUCUGUCUGCUUCACUCAGACUGAAUAUUUCCUGAUCCUGCAGUCGUUCUUUUUUUUAAAACUAAUUUUAAUGUUCUGUUUUACAGGCUCUGUAGCUUCAAAAAAAAGUUUUAUUUAAAAUGAGGCUGUUUUUUUUUUCUCUUUAAAUCUUGACGAUAUUCUGAAGACACUGAACACGUUGACGGAAACGCGUUAUGAUGUUUCCAGAAACACCCGGGCAGCGAUUUGAGAAACGGAGUUAUUUUCCUCUGAUUCCUGUGAAGAGGCGUCGUGGAGUUACGAGGUUUUUGUUCGACAGCAGCAGAGCAGAAAGACGGAGGGAGAGCAGAUGUGAAGCCAUGGAGGACGGUGUCCAUCUUUGUUCAAAUUAACCCUUUGAAACCUGGAUCGACAGAUUUCUUGUGUUAUUAUAAUAAUUAUAAUUAUUACAUAGCUUCUGAAUAUUUUUGCCUUUUUUCUGGGUCAUUUUCUUGCAUAAUUUUAGUCAUUUCUUGCAGAUGUUCGUGAAAGGCAUUUCUUGACCAACUUUGACAAACACAAGAAAUCUGAUGUUGAUCCAGGCUACAAAGGGUUAAACACGCACCAUAUUUUGUAAUCACUCUUUAUAUUUUAGAUCAGAAUGAACAUAGAAAUGAUUAACCUGUUUGGAGAAUUUGAGCAAACUGAUUAGAACCAACCAGUUGAUUGACAGCUGUGAUAUUUUAUGAUGGCAGUUCUGUUUUAUUUUUAGUAAAUGUUCAGUUUUUGCGUUUUGGCUCCAGUCAAAAUGGACUUUAAGGAGCUGAGAGGAAAAAUAAAACCAAACUUGUAGGACGGCUUAGUGUUAAAAAAAAAAACACACAAAAAAAAAUCAUGAGACUGUUUUCUUCUCUCUUGUCGACGUCUGCGCUCUCAGUCGCAGAGUUUUUGUUUUUCUGGCGGAGUUUGGUUCAACUGCUCCUGAUUUUCCUGUUUAAAGGUUCACACACACACACACACACACACACACUGCUCGUCUGUGGGAGUGUCUGAGUUUCACAUCGCAGGGACCCUGUUUUUUUUUUUUUUUGUAAAGCUUCAGAAAUCCAUGGUUGUCAGUCUGAUUAUGACUUUUUUUAAUUUUGGAAAAAAUAUAAAUAUGUGGCAUGAAACUCCAA